AUGUAUAAGGCUUGGUGGGUAGCUCGUGGAUUCAAUCAACAGUACGGUAUCGACUAUGCGGAAACGUUUAGUCCGGUGGUGAAAUCCAUAACUCUUCGUGUUGCGCUCCAGCUUGCGGUCAGUUGCAAUUGGGAUAUUAAGCAACUGGACGUGAAUAACGCCUUCCUCCAAGGCACUCUCACCGAUGAAGUGUAUGUCACUCAGCCUCCCGGAUUCAUUGACAAAGACCGACCAGACCAUGCAUGUCGAUUGCAUAAAGCCUUAUACGGCCUCAAGCAAGCACCGCGUGCGUGGUACCAGGAAUUGCGAAACUAUCUCCUUGCACUUGGUUUUCAAAAUUCACUAGCGGAUACAUCGGUGUUUGUCUAUUCGAAAGGUGCGGAUCUUCUCUACACUUUGGUAUAUGUUGAUGAUAUAAUUGUCACCGGCAGUAGUACCGCUCUCGUUGAUCGCUUCAUUGCUGCUAUCUCAAGCCGGUUCUCUCUUAAAGACCCUACUGAUUUGUCGUACUUUCUGGGGAUAGAAGCAACAAGAUCACAGAAAGGUUUACACUUGAUGCAGAGGAAGUAUAUCAUUGAUUUGCUUACUCGGACAAACAUGCUCAACUCCAAACCCGUUGCCACACCGAUGUCACCCACGCCAAAGCUUUCUCUCAAUUUUGGUUCACCACUAGACGAUCCAAGUCAAUAUCGCACCGUCAUUGGCAGCCUACAAUAUUUGGGCUACACAAGACCGGACAUCGCUUAUGCCGUCAAUCGGCUAUCUCAGUUUAUGCACCGUCCCACAGACGAGCAUUGGAAUGCGGCAAAGCGAGUUCUUCGUUAUCUCGCAGGGACAGCCUCACAUGGAUUCUUCCUUCGAGCUAACAACCCGCUCACACUCCAUGCCUACUCUGACGCUGAUUGGGCCGGGGAUGUUGAUGAUUUUGUCUCCACUAAUGCAUACAUUCUCUACAUAGGUGCUACACCGAUUGCUUGGUCCUCUAAGAAACAAAAAGGUGUUGCUCGAUCAUCAACGGAAGCUGAAUAUCGGUCCGUGGCGAACACAGCGGCAGAGCUUCGGUGGGUAUAUUCUCUUCUUACGGAGCUUCAUGUUAAUCUGACUAAUGCUCCUGUUGUGUAUUGUGAUAACAUGGGAGCUACGUACUUGUGUGCUAAUCCGGUGUUCCAUUCUCGGAUGAAACAUCUUGCUCUGGAUUACCACUAUACGUGA